AUGAAUAAAGCACGCACGAUACUCAAAUAUUUCGCUUCCGUUGAGCAAAGCGAGGGCGUGGGCGCCAAAGUAAGACGUUCCAUCGGGACACUAAAACUACGCCAUUUCACGCCGUUCCUCAUGUUGGACCAUUUCAGUGUGGCACCGCCAGCAGGAUUCCCAGAUCACCCUCACCAUGGCCAGGAAACCAUAACCUACAUCUUGGGCGGAAUGGUGGCUCACGAGGAUUUCACGGGCUCACAAGGCGUUCUAAAAGAAGGCGAUUUGCAGUUUAUGACCGCUGGCAAAGGCAUUGUGCACUCGGAAAUACCAGUAAAACUCGAUUCCAACGAACCAGCCGUCGGCUUGCAGUUGUGGGUGGAUUUGCCUGAGAAAUUGAAAAACUGUGAACCACGCUACCGGGACCUGCGCAAAGACGAGACGCCCAUCGCCAAGCCCCACGAGGGCUUGGAGGUAAGGGUCAUUAGCGGAGAAUCAUAUGGGGUCAAUUCGCUCAGCGAGCUGGCGUACACCCCGGUUAGCUUCUACCACUUUAUCGCAUCUAAAGCAGACGUCUCGUUCAAACAGGCCUUUCCAGGAGAUUUCAACGUCUUUCUGUACGUCCUCAAGGGUGCUGUGACGAUCAAUGGCCAGCAAUUCCCUCAACAUUCAUCUGUUUUUUUCAAAAACAAUGGAGAGCACGUAGAAGGUGUGAGUUCAUCCGACAACGCGGAAUUCGUCAUCAUUGGCGGUCAGAUCUUGGAUCAGCCGGUGGUGCAGCACGGGCCGUUUGUGGAAACCUCGAGAGACCGUAUGCUUGAGGUAUUCGACAACUAUCAAUCAGGUACCAACGGGUUUGAAAAAGCGCACGGAUGGAGCUCUUCGAUCGCCAACGGUAUUGCCGAACAUCAGUUAGAUGCCUUUCAAGGGUCCUCAAAGGCCUAA